AUGACCCGCGAGGAACAAAUCGCUCGCAUGUCGCAAACGCAUCGACAUCAUACAAGAGCAGAACCCGAGUCAGAUUUCAAGACUAGUGCAAAGUGGAAACCCUCGACCGAGACUCCUACGAGAAAUAUAGCGCCUGCUUCGCAAAGUUGUUCGCUGGGAAAAUUCGCACCGGACGUUAUGGCCGAAACACGAAGCGAGGCCCAGGAAACUCCAGCUCAACAUCCGGAUUUAUUUGAACGUGUUGAUGUGAUGAUCUUCAGAACGAGAAGAUUCUGGGACAAAUACAUGGCUUUGCCACGGAAGAAGAAGCUGCGGGUCUGGGAGGGUUUGGAAGAUGCAAUGGUGCUAGGGUGA